UGGAUACCAUAAAUAAGCUCUUAUUACAGCUUUUUCACUAGAAAAAAGCUAGAGCUUAUUAAAAAGUGGUGUUUGGAUAAUUUAUUUUAACUUAUUAAAAAGCUUCUUAAAGAUCUUUUUGAAAAGCUGGGUCCUGGAGCUUAUUUUUUCUGCUUUUUCGGGAAGCUGUUACCUAAAACUUUAUUGACAAAAUUACCCUUAGCAAAAUAUCAGAAUGACAAGCCUUGUCCUACAUUUCAAUUCUCUCCAUCUGAAACACUAAACCCUAGCACACAAAUGGUUCCCCACUGAAUCUCGUCGCCGCCGCCGUCACGGCCUCCGCCGCCGUCACGAUCGACAUUCUUUGGAUUCAACUCAUCGACAUUCUCAUUCGAAUUGAAUCAGUUCAUCAAAACCUAAUCGUGCAGUUCCUUUUCUCUCUAUUUCUCCUACCAAGAGCUUGAAACAAAGAGAAUUUUGCUUGACAUUUUUAAGGAAAAGCAGAAGAAAAGUGCUGAAGCUUCUACAAUACCAAGUUUCUACAAGAAGGUAUGUGAAAGCAUUGCUUGUUCACACUCACUUUGGUAUGUUACACCCACUUAUCAAUGGUAGGUUUGAUUUUUAGCUUCUUUUGCUUCUAGGUUUGAUUCUGUUUUCUACUUUUUUUUUUCUUUUUUCUUUUUUCUCAAUUAUCAAUGGCAUCAUCAUCUAUGUACUGUGUUCUCUGGUAGCAUUUCAUUUCAUGGACAAGUUGAAACGGUUGCUGUUUAAGAAAGAUAGUUAGUUAACUUGCAAUAUUAAUUGAAUUGAAUGAUGUGCUUACCAUUCACUUAUAUACUGUUUCUUAAAGCUUGUUGAAAUGUCUCAAGUUCAUGUGAAACGAAAGAGAGCAGAUUGGAGUGAUAAGAAUCUUGGAAUUUUUUUGAAAGUGUGCGUUGAAGAGGUACGUGCUGGGAAUAGACCUCACACUCACUUUACAAGAACUGGAUGGGCAAAUAUACAAGCCAAGUUCAACAAUGCCACAAAGUUAGCAUAUGAUUAUAAAAAAUUUAAAAAUAAGUGGGAUCAUUUGAAAGUAGAUUGGGCAUUAUGGACAAAGCUUAAUGCAAUAGAAUCAGGUCUUGGUUGGGAUGCAACUAAGAGAACAGUAGCUGCUAGUGAUGAAUGGUGGGAGGCCAAAAUCAAGGUAUGUGUGAGGGUUCUGCACAUGAUGCUAAGAUUUUUAUGGAGGCUCUGCGUAGACCAUCAUUGCAUUUUCCCCAUCCUCCUCAUGGUAAAUAUUAUCUUGUUGAUGCGGGAUACCCUACUUUUAUGGGUUUUCUAGGGCCAUACAAAAAAAAUAGGUAUCAUCUUCCGCAAUUCAGAAAUGGACCUAGAAUAACAGGGAGAGUUGAGGUGUUCAAUUAUUAUCAUUCUAGUCUUCGCAAUGUGAUUGAACGAUCAUUUGGUUGUUGCAAAGCAAAAUGGAAGAUACUAGGUAGUAUGCCUUCUUAUGAUUUGAAGACACAAAACAAAAUCAUUACGGCUUGUAUGGCUUUGCAUAACUUUAUUAGAAGAAAUGAUAGAAGUGAUGAAGAAUUUGAUGCAAAUUAUGAAAAUGAAGAUGGAGGAGGAGAAAAUGAAGCUGGCCCAAGUACUGUUACAUGGGAGGAACCUGAUUUUCAAAGUUCCUUGCAAAUGGAGCAAAUUAGGGAACACAUCAAAAAUAUGUUUCCAACACGAGUUUAGCUUUUUUCCUAGUUAUCUAUGAUACUUUAGUAGAUAUGUCUUUUUAUUUGUAAGGUGGUAUGAUUAUAUUCAAGACUACGAAUUAUGAUUUGUAUUAACUAUUUGAUACUUGAUAUGGUUUGACGUUAUUGUUAGA